AAAGAUCUAGAAGAGACCAUAAAAUCCAAUUACAGGCACAAAAGAAUUCAAGAAUAUUGUAAGAGAAGUAGUAACUGAAAUACUUACAUGGUGUUGUUGAAGAAAGCAUUCAUGGAUAUGUUUGGAGCUGUCUGCGGGUAUGUUUCUGGCCAUGAAAUUUCUAUUAGGAAGGCUUUGGGAUCGCCAUUUUCACCUAUCUGAAAGGAGAUGAAACACUUUAAAAUUGGAAGCCUCAGUCUGUUAUCAAACCUUAGAGACAAGGCAUUCUGUAAAACUUCAAGAUGAGCCCAACACAAUGGGACUUCCCUGUGGAACUAUGUUGUCGGCCUAUGGCCUUUGUAACCCUCACUGGCUUGGAUGUAGUAUAUAAUGCUGUUCAUCGUGCAGUCUGGGAUGCCUUUUGUGCAAACAGGAGAGCUGACCGAGUACCAAUUUCUUUCAAAGUUCUUCCUGGUGACCAUGAGUAUCCCAAAUGCAGAACAAAGAGAACGUCCUAUGAGUGGUACAUUCCAAAAGGGAUAUUGAAGACUGGGUGGAUGAAUAAACAUCUGAAUCUGGUGCCAGCUCUUGUUGUGGUGUUCUAUGAACUGGACUGGGAUGAGCCACAGUGGAAAGAAAAACAGUCAGAAUGUGCUACUAGAGUUGAAAUUGUCAGACAAAGUCUGCAGGGAAGAAACACAAAAGUUGCUGUGGUUUUGAUUCAAAAGAAAACACCCUUACCUCCAGGGGAAGAUGUUAUUGCUUCAGAAAGAGCAGCAGCUUUAUGUAAUGCUUGUGACCUCUCUGGAAAAUCCUUGUUUGUGCUGCCACACACUGAUCAUCUGGUUGGUUACAUUAUAAGAUUAGAGAAUGCUUUUUAUGAGCAUGCACAGACCUACUACUAUACAGAAAUAAGAAGGGUAAAAUCUCAUAAAGAAUUCUUGAAUAAAACAACACAUCAGCUUUUAUUUGUGAGACAUCAGUUCAAAAUAGCAUUCUUCAGUGAGCUGAAACAGGAUACACAGAAUGCUCUAAAAAAUUACAGAACUGCAUAUAAUCUUGUACAUGAAUUGAGGGCUCAUGAAACGAACAUGUUGGAAAUCAAGACCAUGGCAGGAUUUAUAAACUACAAGAUUUGUCGCCUCUGUUUUCAGCAUAACACCCCAUUGGAUGCAAUUGCUCAGUUCAGGAAGCACAUUGACUUGUGCAAGAAAAAAAUAGGCAGUGCAGAGUUGGCUUUUGAGCAUGCUGCCUGGAUGUCUAAACAAUUUCAGGCCUUUGGAGACUUGUUUGAUGAGGCUAUUAAACUAGGCUUGACAGCAAUUCAGACCCAGAAUCCAGGUUUCUAUUACCAGCAGGCAGCAUACUAUGCACAGGAACGGAAGCAACUAGCCAACGUACUCUGUAACCAUGACUCUUGUGUCAGCUAUCCCAAUCCGGAUCCACUGGAAACUCAAACUGGAGUGCUUGACUUUUAUGGACAGAGAUCAUGGCGUCAGGGAAUACUAAGCUUUGAUCUUUCUGAUCCAGAAAAAGAGAAGGUGGGAAUUCUAGCCCUGCAACUAAAAGAGAAAAAUGUUCCUCACUCUGAGCUAAUAAUCACAUUGCUGAGUAAUGCUGUAGCACAGUUCAAGAAAUACAAAUGUCCAAGGAUGAAGAGUCACUUAAUGGUUCAGAUGGGCGAAGAAUAUUAUUAUGCUAAAGAUUACACCAAAGCUCUGAAGCUGUUGGAUUAUGUCAUGUGUGAAUACCGUAGUGAAGGAUGGUGGACUCUCCUUACUUCCAUAUUGACCACAGCUCUCAAAUGUUCUUACCUCAUGGCACACUUAAAAGAUUACAUUACUUACUCUCUAGAGCUGUUGGGUAGAGCAUCGACUUUAAAAGAAGAACAGAAGUCUCGGAUAGAAAAGAACCUGAUUAAAGUUCUCAUGAAUGAGAGCCCAGAUCCAGAACCUGAUUGUGAUGCUUCUGCUGUGAAAGCUUCACAGAAGCUGUGGACUGACCGCGUUUCCCUAGCAGGCAGCAAUAUUUUUACAAUAGAAGUUCAAGAUUUUGUACCAUUUGUGCAAUGCAAAGCAAAGUUUCUUGCUCCAAGUUUUCAUGUUGAUGUUCCUGUUGAGUUCGAUAUUUACUUGAAAGCUGAUUGUCCUCAUCCAAUCAGGUUUUCUAAACUAUGUGUCGGCUUCAAUAACCAGGAAUACAAUCAGUACUGUGUGGUAGAAGAAGCAUAUCAGAAAAGUGACAUUCUGGAAUAUUCAUCCCAGGGACCAGUGUGCCUAGUCCCGGGUAAAACAAGAAAGUUCACUUUCAAAUUUGUUGCAAAAAGUGAAGAUGUGGGAAAGAAGAUUGAGAUCACCUCUGUGGAUUUAAUCCUGGGCACCGAAACUGGCAGAUGCGUGAUUCUGAAUUGGCGUGGAGGAGGAGGAGAUGCUGCUUCAUCUCAAGAAGCGUUGCAGGCAGCUCGCUCCUUCAAACGGCAACCUAAACUUCCAGAUAAUGAGGUUCAUUGGGACAGCCUGACUAUUCAGGCAAACACUAUGAUCAUUUCUAGAGUGCCAAAUAUUUCUGUUCAACUCCAACAUGAACCUCCUGCCCUGACUAAUGAAAUGUAUUGUUUGAUUGUGACAGUCCAGUCACAUGAAAAGACAGUUGCCAAAGAUGUGAAGCUCACGGCAGGUUUAAAACCAGGGCAAGAUGCCAAUCUGACUCAGAAAACUCAUGUGACCCUUAAUGGAACAGAAAUCUGUGAUGAUUCUUAUCCUGCAUUACUUCCUGAUAUCCCUGUAGGAGAUUUACAGCCAGGAGAAAAGCUGGAAAAAGCAGUAUACAUUCGUUGUGGAACAGUUGGUACCAGGAUGUUUCUGGUCUAUGUUUCCUAUUUAAUCAGUGCUACUGUUGAGGACAAAGAGAUAAUCUGCAAGUGUCACAGGGAUGAAACUGUAACUAUAGAAACUGUAUUUCCCUUUGAUGUUGCUGUUAAAUUUGUUUCUUCAAAGUUUGAACAUUUAGACAGAGUCUUUGCAGACAUACCCUUUUUACUGAUGGCAGACAUUCUGAGUGCUUCACCUUGGGCUCUCACUAUUAUAAAUAGCCAGCUACAACUUUCAGCUUCCAUGGUACCAGUAGACCAACUGGAAUCUUAUGUGGAGAAUGUUGUUUUGCAGACAGGCGAGAGUGCUAGUGAAUGCUUUUGCCUACGGUGUCCAUCAGUUACGAACGUUCAAGGUGGAGUGGCUACCGGACGUUAUAUAAUCUCCUGGAAGAGGAGUUCAGCUGUGGAAAGUGUACCCGUUGUUUGUACUGUGAUCACUCUACCACAUGUGAUUGUAGAAAGCAUCCCACUCCAUGUUAAUGCAGAUCUGCCAUCAUUUGGUCGAGUAAGAGAAUCCUUACCUGUCAGAUAUCACCUGCAAAACAAGACCAGUUUAGUCCAGGAUGUGGAAAUAUCUGUGGAGCCAAGCGAUGCCUUCAUGUUUUCUGGUCUUAAACAGAUGCGAUUGCGAAUCCUUCCUGGCACACAGCAGGACAUGUUAUAUAACUUCUACCCUCUCAUGGCUGGAUAUCAGCAGUUACCAUCUCUUAAUAUCAUCUUGCUGCGAAUUCCAAACUUCACUAAUCAGUUGCUCAGACGAUUCAUACCAACGCACAUUUUUGUAAAGCCACAAGGUCGACAAGCUGAUGAUACUUCUAUCGCAGCUGCGUAACUGCAGACAUGGACUUAUGCACUAGAAGGAAAUGGGAUGUUGCACAGAAUGUAUAAAAUUUUGUUCUUUGAACCAUAGCUUUGAUCAAACUUUAUGAAUUAAACUUUUAUUUUUAAAUUACAAUUAUGACAGCUAUCAGCAGAACUAAUGUUUAAACAUUUAGUUUUUCAUAAACUUUCACUAAUGAAUAAAUAUAUGGAAUAAGUUGGUGCACUGUUUAACAUGAACAUUCUUUCUCUUGAAGUUAAUUUCAUGAAUCUUAAAUGCUUUUAAGAAGUAGUAGUAUGUGGAAUGUCUUGAGAAUGAAGAUGAAGAAAACCAGGUUCACUUGCCCAAAAAAGAGAAGUGCCACUUUCUUCAUUAAUGAUGGUUUGAGGUGCAAUGUCUGUACUUUUGUUAUCAGGAUUUACAGCAUUGAAAGUGAUCGGAUCUGGUAGAAACUUAUUUUUUUUGCUAUUUAUAUUCAGAGGGUAGAACAGUAUGCAGCAGCCUGGACUCUCAGAUCUAUAAAUGACUUACUACUACAAAUGGAUCUGUUGGCAUUGAGUGGCUUCCAAAUGCUUUAAGCAGAGUCAUUAAUUUAAAAGGCUCUCUUUGUACCAGGUGAGCUGUACUUCAAAAUGUUUCACUCAGCAGUGACUAGUCAGUAAAAUAUGGAGUCUUUGUGAGUAGCUUCAUUAAUUACAGUUGUACCAUCCAACAUUAACCUGAAAUGGUUUGAAUUGUUAAAAAUGCACUACUUCCAGGACAAAAACAUUUUGACAGUAUUCUGGUAUGUCAGUUUAGAGGUACAUCCUUGUGUAGCUUCACAAGCUGGUAUUUAAAAUAUUCACAGUAAAUCAUGUAAAUAAAAAUUGUGUUGUGAAAUCUUC